CAGUUGUCUGCAAUACAUCGAGUCGUCAAGACCGUUUACAUUACCAACUAAAUAAUUUACAAAAUAAAACAUUAAUUUCAAUUUUGAAAUGGCUUUCUUCAAAUCCUUGAUUUGCUUGGCUGUUGUCGGUGUGGCUACCGCUGGUGUUUUGCAUGGUGGUCAUGCUGGUCCUGCUCUAUACGCUGGUGCUCCAGCUGUAUAUGCUGGUCAUGGUCAUGGCCAUCCCGAUGAGGGUUUGGACUAUCAUGCCUAUCCCAAGUAUCACUACAACUACGGUGUUGCUGAUUCACAUACCGGUGAUGUAAAGUCUCAACACGAAGUCCGUGAUGGUGAUGUUGUCAAGGGCUCCUACUCCUUGGUGGAACCUGAUGGUUCAGUGCGUACCGUUGAAUAUACCGCCGAUGAUCAUAAUGGCUUUAACGCUGUCGUCCACAAAACCGCUCCCACCGUUCAUGCUGUUGCCGCCCAUGCCGCUCCAGUGGUUCAUGCUGCACCUGCCGCUCCUGCCUACCAUGCUGCACCAGCUGUAUAUGCCCAUGCUGCCCCAGCUGUGGCCCACCAUGUAGCUGCUGCCCCCGCUCUGCCCUACGCCUCUGUGGCGCAUCAUGCCCCUGCCGCUCUUGCCUUGGGCCAUGGUUAUGCCGGCUAUGCCGGUCAUGGUGCCCAUGGUCAUUACAUUAAUCCAACGAAACCAACGAUAUUUAAAAGAAAUAUGUUUCCCCUAAGCAAAUUUGUUAUCCUUUGUGUGGCAUUAAGUGCAACGGUUGUCAAUGCACGACCAGGUUAUGCGGUUGAUUAUUAUGAUCAUCCGAAAUAUGCCUUCAAUUAUGGGGUAGCUGAUCACACCACUGGCGAUGUCAAGUCGCAACAUGAAACUCGUGAUGGUGAUGUUGUUAAAGGUCAAUAUUCUUUGGUAGAGCCCGAUGGCUCUAUACGUACUGUCGAUUAUACAGCCGACUCCAUUAAUGGCUUCAAUGCAGUGGUAACGAAAUCAGGACCUACGGUACAUGCUCAAGCGGUGGUGGCCAAGCCGGUGCCCGUGCCAGUCGCAGUGGCCCCUAAGCCAGUGGUGGCCUACCAACCUGUCUACAAACAUGUGGCUCCAGCACAAGUGCUGGUGGCAUCACCAACGCCUUAUGCUCACAAGCAAUAUGUUGCCCCUGCCCCCAUCCACUAUGACUACGAUGAUGGCUACUACAAUGAUGGUCAAUACGAAUAUGUACCCCAGUAUGGUGGCUAUGGAGUAGGACACCACCACCAACAUCACCAUUACGCCGGUCACUAUUAAAAGUGAGGAACUCUUGUCCCACCACAAGGAAGUAUUUGAAAAUUCUAAAGUGAUUAGUACAAGUGUCGUAUUCUAGCAAAGAAAUGGGCUCCAAUGACAAUUGCGUGCUUUUGCCUUAAUUUAUAAAAUGUGUGUUAAGUUGUAGUUUUUUUUUUUUCUUUUUAAUUUUGUUGGAAAAUCGAUUUUUAAUUGUAAGUUCUUAUGUUAUUAUUUUUUUUUAUAUGAUUAAAACAAUUAUAGUUUUUAAGUUUAUGUGCAAGCCAAGGAAACCAAAUUGAUAAUAAAGCGAUAUUGUUGAUACAAAACACAGAGUUAAAAAUA